AUGAUGAGUCACCGGCACCGUUUCUCGCAGACUGUUGCACUGAUGGCUCCUGUCCCGUCGGCUGCUCUGUGGACGACUCGAAGCUUGUUGUUGUCUCUUCUUUGUCAACGUAGAAAGGGAGUCGAGGCGCUGAGAGUUGAUAGAAACACCGAAAUAAUUACUUAACUAUUAAAUAAUUACGGGUAUAUUAUAUUUAACCCCAAAAAAAGUAAAAAAUUUCAUGAUGUAUAAGAAUUAGUUUAUUUCGUUUCGUUUUGGGAACGAACACGACUGCACUUUUUCAGAGGUUUUCAAAAUAUUUCACUCAAUUUUUCACUUUUGAUUACUUUCAACCUCAAUAAGCUUUUAUAAGCUUUUAGGUAGGGACCGAAUCGCCACGCCCACUUCCCCUCCAAAAAAACGCGAAAAUUUUUGUUGCAAAAACGUUUUUUUCCGCUUUUUAUACGUAAAAAAAACGGAAAAAUGUAGAAGCUUUCUUACUGACAUAUGUAAUCGACAUCGCUCAACAGAUUUAAGCUACUUUUGGAUCUCUAUUUGUCUUUUUUGUGAGUCUUUAAGACGGAUUUCCGAGUCCGAAAUCACAAAAACGACGGUUUCUCAAGAACUAUUAACGGAUGCUUUUUUGAUGGGUUAUAUAGUCUGUUCAGAUUGUGAAUGUCAAGCAGCUAACUCCACCCCCCAAGGCUACAAUAUAUAUAUAUUUCGCGUCAAUGUUUUAUCUACAGAUGACGAUGGCCUUUUAAUAAGGCUGCAUUUUUGACUUCUUUUCCUAUCUUUUAGAUCAAAAAAGAUCAAAAUUAGUCCCGCGCGAUAAAACAUCGACGUGAAAGGGUACCGUCUCAGCAGGGCGGAGUUUGCUGGUUGAUAUUUAAAAUCUGAACAGACUAUAUAGCUGUGGUAUCUCUCACAGGCGAUUCGAGCAAAAAAGGGUAUCGCGAGACCCUCUGAGGUAUAUCGCAGGCUCUGAAGUCUCACGAUGGUACCUCGAAGAUACCUCUGAGGAUUUUGAGCAAAAUGAGAGGGACUCUGAAGUACCUUCGAGAUGGCUCAGAUACAGCUAGAAGGUAUGCCCGAGGUCUCUAGAUGGACACAUUUCGGGGUCUUCACGAUCCAUUUUGAGAGGUGCCUUUCUCGACACAUUAUGGUGCCCUCUCGAUUUGCCUGUGCUGUUUUGAGACAAAAAAUGAAAAAGUUGGCUGCGCCCCGAAGAAAUCAAAGGGUCAACCUCACCAACAUGAGAGAUGAAAAACUAUACAAAAUACUGCUUUCAGCUGAAACCCCGUUUGUUACAGUUUUCGUUAAAUCGCAAACCGCUACUCCCUGACAUCAUUUCAUGACAUCAUUCGUAACACAAGAAAUAAGCGUAAUCGAAAUAUUUGGCUAUAUAUUCAUUUUAUUUACGUGAACAUGAUUCAGCAGAUUAUUAUUAUCUCAUUUCAUCACGUCGACUGGUCGGUCUCAUUGCCGCUCUCGCAUGGGAUAAUAUUCCGACGCCCGUCAGCCCUGGACAAGCUGGGCUCCGUACUGUUCCAUUAUGGUGAAGCAGUUCAUUCGCUGGUACUACCCGCGGUCCCACAUUGUUUCCCAACGAUAGCUGUCACUCCGGGACGUAUUGGACAACGAUUGUGGACCGUAACCCGCGCCGACGACUAA